AUGGUUACAGCUUGUCGAUCCGAAUGUUUGGAAAUGAAUAAGCAUAAAAUCGUUCGUGUACAUCUAAAAGAUGGCAAAGUUCAUGCUGGCGUUUGCCGAAACGUUACAAAAGCAAUCAAUGAAAAGGCUCUUUCACAUGUUUUCCCAUUCGUUUGUGAUAAAGAAAUUGGAUUAUGGGAAGUAGAUGAACAGGCAAAUUUUAAUUGCGAUAAAAAUUAG